CAACCAUCAGGUUAUACUACCUCAUUCCUCUCGUGCUUCUACUAGCUACCUGCAAGCUGUAGAUAUCUGUCAUCUAUCAUCACCAACUUUUCAGUUCAAGCUAGGUAGCUAGCCAUGGCUAGGGUGCUGGAGCCUCUCGUCGUUGGAAAGGUCAUCGGGGAGGUCAUCGACAACUUCAACCCCACAGUGAAGAUGACGGUGACCUACAGCUCCAACAAGCAGGUGUUCAACGGCCACGAGUUCUUCCCGUCGGCAGUCGUGUCCAAGCCACGCAUUGAGGUCCAGGGCGGCGACAUGAGAUCCUUCUUCACUCUGGUCAUGACGGACCCAGAUGUGCCAGGGCCUAGUGAUCCAUACCUUAGGGAGCAUCUCCACUGGAUCGUCAGUGAUAUUCCUGGCACCACAGAUGCUUCUUUUGGAAGGGAGGUGGUGAGCUACGAGAGCCCCAAGCCCAACAUUGGCAUUCACAGGUUCACCUUCGUGCUGUUCCAACAGAAGAAGCGGCAGGCCAUGAACCCUCCCUCCACCAGGGACUACUUCAACACGCGCCGCUUCGCCAACGAGAACGACCUUGGCCUCCCGGUGGCUGCCGUCUACUUCAACGCGCAGCGGGAGACAGCGGCACGCCGCCGCUGACGGAAACAAUCAGCCCAACCCUUCUUCUCUUGCAUGCAUGGCGCAUGCAACAAGCCUAUGGAUCAACCUAUAGCUACUAUUAGCUACCAUCUACAUAUAUCUCCACUCAAAUAAGAGUUUGCUUGUGAGCGUCUUGUGUGUGCUGUUUCCAGUAGUCUUUCUACUGUUCAGUUUUUUCUUCGGUCAAUUUAGUUACUAGUUGAUCUGUGAACCAGUGUACGUGCAAUCUACAUCUACCACUAGUGUGAAUUUGAUUCAGCUCCUAUUUGUGGAGACGAA